CUUUUCUUGACGCACGCACCGUCGCGUUCAAACACAACACCAUGGAUCCCAGUGACCCCGAUUUCGUGUACCUGAUCGUGGACAGGAAGAAGCUCAUGAAAGAGCAGACCCAGACAUUUGACGGCAAAAAAGCAUGCUGGGUUCCCGACCCCAAACAAGGCUUCCUGGCUGCCGAAAUUCAGAGUACCAAGGGUGAGGAGAUUACCGUCAAGGUCACCAAGACUAGUGAGACCAAGACAUUCAAGAAGGAUGACAUCCAGCAAAUGAAUCCUCCCAAAUUCGAGAAGAUUGAGGACAUGGCCAACAUGACCUACUUGAACGAGGCCUCUGUCUUGUACAACUUGAAGAGCCGUUACGCUGCAGGCCUGAUUUACACCUAUUCUGGCCUUUUCUGUGUGGCUGUCAACCCGUACCGUCGCCUGCCCAUCUACACCCAGAAGGUCAUCGAUGUGUACAAGGGCAAGAGGAAGGCUGAGAUGCCUCCCCAUCUCUUCUCCAUUUCCGACAACGCUUACCAGAACAUGUUGCAAGAUCGCGAGAACCAGUCUAUGUUGAUUACUGGUGAGUCCGGAGCCGGAAAGACUGAGAACACGAAGAAAGUAAUCAUGUACUUUGCUAAUGUUGCUGCCGGUCAACAGAAGAAAGAAGAGGAAGCCGCUGCCUCCAAGAAGGGUUCCCUGGAGGACCAAAUUAUUCAGGCUAACCCUGUACUGGAAGCCUAUGGUAAUGCCAAGACCAUUAGAAAUAACAACUCCUCUAGAUUUGGUAAAUUCAUCCGUAUCCACUUCGGAACCCAAGGAAAGAUCGCCGGUGCUGAUAUUGAGACAUAUCUGCUUGAGAAAUCCCGUGUGACUUUCCAGCAGCCCGCCGAGCGUAACUACCACAUCUUCUACCAGCUGCUCUCACCCGCUCUUCCAUCCCUGCACGAGACCCUGCUGGCCAGCCCCGACCCCGCCCUUUACGGGUACAUCAACCAGGGCUCCCUGAUCGUCGACGGAAUCGACGAUACCGAGGAAAUGAAACUCACCGACGAGGCCUUCGACGUUCUGGGCUUCACCAGCGAGGAGAAGAACUCCCUGUACAAAUGCACUGCUGCUAUCAUGCACUUCGGUGAGAUGAGGUUCAAGCAGAGACCCAGAGAGGAGCAGGCUGAGGCUGACGGAACAGCUGAGGCUGAAAAGGUUGCUUUCCUGCUGGGCAUCAACGCCGGAGAUCUCCUGAAGGGUCUGCUCAAGCCCAAGAUCAAGGUCGGCGCCGAGUACGUCACCCAGGGACGUAACUUGAACCAGGUCAACUACUCCGUGGCUGCCCUGGCCAAGUCUCUGUACGACCGUAUGUUCAAGUGGUUGGUCUUGCGUGUCAACAAGACUCUGGACACCAAGAACAAGAGACAGUUCUUCAUUGGUGUGCUCGAUAUUGCUGGUUUCGAGAUCUUCGACUUCAACAGCUUCGAGCAGCUUUGCAUCAACUACACCAACGAGCGUCUGCAGCAGUUCUUCAACCAUCACAUGUUCAUCCUCGAGCAGGAGGAAUACAAGAAGGAAGGAAUUGACUGGGAGUUCAUUGACUUCGGUAUGGACUUGCAGGCCGCCAUCGAUCUGAUUGAGAAGCCCAUGGGUAUCUUGUCCAUCCUUGAGGAAGAGUGCAUGUUCCCCAAGGCCAGCGACAAGACUUUCCUGGACAAGCUCAACGGCAACCAUCUGGGCAAGUCCAAGAACUACGGCAAGGCUGGAAAGCCCAAGAAGGCUGGACAGGUCGAGGCUCACUUCGAGCUUCACCACUACGCUGGCAGCGUGCCCUACAACAUCACCGGCUGGCUGGAGAAGAACAAGGAUCCACUGAACGAGACCGUGGUUGAAUUGCUCAGCCACUCCAAGGAGCCUCUUGUGACCAUCCUGUUCGCCGCUCCCGAGGAGCCCGCUGGUGGUGGCUCUAAGAAGAAGAAGUCAUCUGCUUUCCAGACCAUUUCCUCUGUGCACAAGGAAUCUCUGAACAAACUGAUGAAGAACUUGUACAGCACACAUCCUCACUUUGUGCGUUGUAUCAUCCCCAACGAGUUCAAGCAGCCAGGUGAGAUCGACUCCUACCUUGUGUUGCACCAGCUGCAAUGUAACGGUGUGCUUGAGGGUAUCCGUAUUUGCCGUAAGGGAUUCCCCAACAGAAUCAUCUACUCUGAGUUCAAGCAGCGUUACUCCAUCCUGGCCCCCAACGCCAUUCCCGAUGGCUUCGUUGAUGGCAAGAAGGUGACUGAGAACAUCCUGCUGGCUCUCCAGUUGGACCCCGCAGAGUACCGUCUGGGCACCACCAAGGUCUUCUUCAAGGCUGGUGUGCUGGGUACCCUUGAGGACAUGCGUGACGAGCGUCUAUCCAAGAUCAUCUCCAUGUUCCAGGCCAACAUCCGCGGCUACCUGAUGCGCAAGUCCUACAAGAAACUGCAGGACCAGAGAGUGGGUCUGAGCGUGAUCCAGCGUAACAUCCGUAAGUGGCUCGGACUGAAGAACUGGCUGUGGUGGCGUCUGUACGUCAAGGUCAAGCCUCUGUUGAACAUCGCCCGUGCUGAGGAUGACAUGAAGAAGAAGGAAGAGGAGCUGGAGAAGACCAAGGUCGAGCUCGAGAAGACCGAGAAACUGCGCAAGGAGCUGGAGGAACAGAACGUGGGUCUGCUGCAGGCCAAGAACGAUCUGUACAUCCAACUGCAAGCCGAGCAGGACACCCUCAUCGACGCCGAGGAGAAGAUCGAGAAACUCAUUACCCAGAAGGCUGAGUAUGAGUCUCAGAUCAAGGAGAUGGAAGAGCGUCUGUUGGACGAGGAAGACGCCGCUGCUGAGCUCGAGGAGAAGAGGAAGAAGAUGGACGCCGACAACAAGGCCCUGAAGGAGGAUAUUGAGGAUCUGGAGAACACUUUGGCCAAGGCUGAGCAAGACAAGCAGACCAAGGACAACCAGAUCAAGACUCUGCAAGACGAGAUGGCCGCCCAGGACGACCAGAUCACCAAGCUGAGCAAGGACAGGAAGAACCUGGAAGAGCAGCAGAAGAAGACCAUGGAGGAUCUGCAGGCCGAGGAGGACAAGGUCAACCACCUCAACAAGCUCAAGACCAAGUUGGAGCAGACCCUGGAUGAGGUGCGUUAGUUGUCGGUGUUUGGUUCUCUUUCUAGAAUUCAACAUUUUAUUCAUCGUUUUACAAAGCAUUAUCUUAUUAUUUUCUCUAGGAAGGACAUGGAAAUCAACGGCCUCAACUCCAAACUGGAGGAUGAGCAGAACUUGGUUGCCCAGCUCCAGAAGAAGAUCAAGGAACUCCAGGCCCGCAUUGAGGAACUGGAAGAGGAGCUUGAAGCCGAACGCCAGUCCAGAGCUAAGGUCGAGAAGCAGAGGACCGAGCUGUCCCGCGAGUUGGAAGAUCUCGGCGAGCGCCUGGAUGAGGCUGGUGGCGCCACCGCCGCUCAGGUCGAGCUGAACAAGAAGCGUGAGCAGGAGCUCCUGAAGCUGCGCCGUGACCUCGAGGAGUCUGCCCUGCAGCACGAGGCCCAGAUCUCCUCCCUGCGCAAGAAGCACCAGGAUGCCGCCAACGAGAUGGCCGACCAGGUCGACCAGCUGCAGAAGGUCAAGAGCAGACUGGACAAGGAGAAGAACCAGCUCAAGGGAGAGGUCGAUGACCUCCAGGCCCAGCUUGAGCACAGCUCCAAGAACAAGGGAAUGUCCGAGAAGAUGUCCAAGCAGGUGGAGGCCCAGAUCUCCGAGCUCAACGCCAAGCUGGACGCCGCUGCCCGCGAGAUCCAGGAUCUGCAGGGCCAGAAGAACCGCGGCAGCCAGGAGAGCGCCGACCUGACCCGCCAGUUGGAGGAGGCCGAGCACCGUGUUGGACAGCUCACCAAGGAGAAGACUUCCCUCGCCAGCCAGCUGGAGGAGGCUAAGAGGUCUCUGGAGGAUGAGACCCGCGCUCGCCAGAAGCUUGCCUCUGAGGUGCGCAACCUGACUGCCGAUCUGGAUGCUCUCCGCGAGCAGCUGGAGGAAGAGCAGGAGGGACGCUCCGACCUGCAGAGGCAGCUCAGCAAGGCCAACAGCGAGGUGCAGCAGUGGCGCUCCAAGUUCGAGUCCGAGGGAACCGCCCGGGCUGAGGAGCUUGAGGAGUCCAGACGCAAGCUGCAGGCCAAACUCAACGACGCCGAGCAGGCCGCCGAGGCUUCCAACCUGAAGGUCCAGGCUCUGGAGAAGGCCAAGAGCAGACUGCAAGGCGAGCUCGAGGACCUCAUGAUUGACGUCGAGCGAUCCAACGCCAACGCGAACAACCUUGAGAAGAAACAGCGCGCUUUCGACAAGACGAUCGCCGAAUGGCAAGCCAAGUGCAACGACCUCCAGAGCGAGCUGGAGAACGCCCAGAAGGAGGCCAGAGGUUACUCUGCCGAGCUCUUCAGGGUCAAGGCCCAGGUCGAGGAAGCCAACGACAGUGUUGAGGCUCUUCGCCGUGAGAACAAGAACUUGGCUGAUGAUAUUCCUAACCUCACCGACCAACUUGGCGAGGGCGGCCGCAGCACCCACGAGCUGGAGAAGGCCCGCAAGCGCCUGGAGAUGGAGAAGGAGGAGCUGCAGGCUGCUCUGGAGGAGGCUGAGUCUGCCCUUGAGCAGGAAGAGGCCAAGGUCAUGCGCGCCCAGCUGGAGAUCUCCUCUGUGCGCUCCGACAUUGACCGCCGUAUCCAGGAUAAGGAAGAGGAGUUCGAGAACACCCGCCGCAACCACCAGCGCGCCAUGGACUCCAUGCAGGCUAGCCUUGAGGCCGAGACCAAGGGCAAGGGCGAGGCUCUGCGCAUCAAGAAGAAGCUUGAGCAGGACAUCAACGAGCUCGAAGUGGCUCUUGAUGCCGCCAACAGGGGCAAGGCUGAGUUCGAGAAGAACGUCAAGAAAUACCAGCAGACGAUCAGGGAAAUGCAGUCUCAGAUCGAGGAUGAGGCUAGACAGAGGGAAGAGGCCCGCGAGUCCUACAACAUGGCCGAGCGCCGCUGCACUGUCCUCACCGGAGAGAUUGAAGAGCUCAGAAGUGCCCUUGAGCAGGCCGAGCGUGCCCGCAAGGGAGCUGAGAAUGAGCUCAACGACGCCAAUGAUCGCGUGAACGAACUGUCCGCCCAGAACAGUUCCAUCCAGGGACAGAAGAGGAAGCUGGAGGGAGAUGUCCAGGCCAUGCAGACCGAUCUGGAUGAGAUGAGCAACGAACUCCGUGCCUCCGAGGAGCGCUCCAAGAAGGCCAUGGCUGACGCCGCUCGCCUGGCUGAUGAACUCCGCCAGGAGCAGGAACACAGCCUCCAGGUCGAGAAGCUGAGGAAGGGCAUGGAAGGCCAGAUGAAGGAUCUCCAGGUCCGCCUGGAUGAGGCCGAGGCUCAGGCCCUCAAGGGUGGAAAGAAGAUGAUCCAGAAACUCGAGACAAGAGUGAGAGAACUGGAGACUGAACUGGAUAACGAACAGCGCCGCCACGCUGAGACCCAGAAGAACAUGCGCAAGGCCGACCGCCGUCUCAAGGAGCUGGCCUUCCAAGCGGACGAGGACCGCAAAAACCAGGAACGCCUUCAGGACCUGGUCGACAAACUGCAGAACAAGAUCAAGACCUACAAGAGACAAGUCGAGGAGGCUGAGGAGAUCGCAGCCGUCAACCUGGCCAAGUACCGCAAGGUCCAGAACGAGCUGGAGGAUGCCGAGGAGCGCGCCGACUCUGCUGACUCUGCCCUGUCCAAGCUGAGAGCCAAGAACAGGAGCUCCGUCUCUGUCUCCCGCACCAGUGCAUCCCCAGGGUUCCCCAGCCCCAGCUCAGCCUCUGUACCCCGUGGCAUGAGCACUGAGAGGAGCGCAAGAGCCCCCUCUCAGUCACAGUCAUAAACGAUCGAUGCGUGUAGAGAUAUAAGCCAAUUCUUUGCGAGUCUCCAGCUUUCUUCAACGUACGCGGAAAUACAAAUCUAAACACAUCCUUCCGUUCGGCCACCCCGUCUAAUGAGGCAUAUGACGAUGAAGAAUUCUUCGUGAAGUGACGUCACGAGGGGUAGAUAAUCCCACCAAGUUAUCUUCCCCGCGUUUUUGUCACCUACCGCCAGCAGAAGUUACCACACAGAUGAUGGACUACGAUCAAGAAAGUUGUUUCAGAGAUCUAUAAAGUUAUCGUGCGAGAUUCAAACCAGAUGCAGACGAGUGAAAGGACAGUCGUAAUAUUACAUUAGAUGUACCAAAAAUGCAUUGUGUGUGGUGUGCUAGAAUAUGCGUUUUUUCUUUAUAUCUGUACAAAGAUUGUCACCACUGAUCUGUAUGUUAAUCCACUGUGUUGAAUAUAUAGGUCAGUUUCUAUUUAUAACAGUGUAACUAUUCACCCAUGUGUGUACGCCUCACUCAUUGUAGUCUUAAGGAGUAGUCUCCCAUGAUGCAGCUCGCUUCCGGUAUACUGUUUCAGUUUUCAGAUGAAGGGAUGACUGGGUAGCGGCGAUUUUUGGUUCUUGGUAAUACACCUUCAAGAUUACACACGCUUCCUAUACUAUAUAUAUAUAUUGCUAAUGACGAUCAAUAUCAACAUAAUAUAAAGGCUCGGACGUUUAAACUAGCACCAGACUUAUCAACACCACAAGACAGUAACCAUCACUCAAGCUGCCGAUUACUAAGAUCUAAAAAACAACAUGAUGUAAUAAAGAAGAACUAAAGAACUGGCUCCUCAUUAUGUGGUAAGAUCGUUAUGAAGAAAACUGUAGUCUUGAAAAGAACCUUAGUCGCUGCUUGGCCAUGUGUAUUAUAUUCAGAUAGAUAAUACUAAUAAUAUGCUGUGAUCUGCAUUUUAGCAGAAUGAGAAGAGUAAGUAUCAUCUGGUCUACAGACUGUCGAGUUGGAUUUUUGUGGAUUCUGUGUUAUUCCCGUUGACGGCUUCCACCGCUGAGUCGCCUUAUCCAUAAUUUAUUACUACUACAUUUUUAUUAUGAGAGUUUUGUUCAAAAGUUUAUCAUUUUGAAAAUACGUUUAGUUCCUUUCACGAGAGCUAAAUGGCUUUGUUUUUGUCUUGUCAUUCAUAUGUAUGCGUUGGUUCACACACCACCAAAAGUACAACAGACCACUCAAUAAACCGGAGUUUCUCGGUGCCUCAUUAGACUGCUCUAUGAAACGAGGCUGUGUUGCUUCCACAACAGAAAUGCAGCACAUUCUUGUUUUCAUGAAGCUAUACAAAAAGAAAUUUGCAAUAUUUACUGAUUCCUUUUACCAGAAAAUAAAAGUCUGUCCACAGUUUACUCUCAA